GCAAUAAUGGGGUGAAGUUGUUGCGAGGGGUGAUAGAUGGCGCAAACGCAUACGUAUAUAAUAGCGUUAGAAGAGAAAGGCGCAGUGGAGUCAUCAUUGAAACCAAACGCAUUCCAAUGGAUAUGGUCAUAGAUGUUGUCUCCGGUGCGCACUUCUCGGGUUGGCAACCUUCAACGACGUCGUCUUGUUCUCCAACUUCAUCUCAUCAACCUUUCAUCAUUGGUGUCUCUGGAGGCACUGCAUCGGGGAAAACCACUGUGUGCGACAUUAUCGUUCAGCAACUGCAAGAUCACAGAGUUGUGCUCCUCUCUCAGGAUUCAUUCUACCGCGGUUUGACGAAUGAGGAGUUGAAACGCGUUCAUGAGUAUAACUUUGAUCAUCCUAAUGCAUUUGACACAGAUCAACUAGUAGAAACCCUCGGUCAGCUCAAAUCUGGACAGUCGGUUCAGAUUCCAAUAUAUGAUUUCAAGCUUCAUCAGAGAUCUAACGACAGAUCUCGACAGGUCAAUGGAUCUGAUGUAAUCAUUAUGGAGGGUAUAUUGGUUUUUCAUGAACAACGUGUCCGCAACAUGAUGAAUAUGAAGAUAUUUGUCGAUGCAGAUCCAGAUGUGAGGCUUGCCCGCAGAAUAAAACGUGAUACAGUCGAAAGGGGUAGAGAUGUACAAUCAGUCUUGGAACAGUAUGCAAAGUUUGUUAAGCCUGCCUAUGAAGAUUUUAUUCUUCCAUCCAAAAAAUAUGCCGACAUCAUAAUACCUCGCGGGGGAGAGAAUGGUGUAGCAAUUGACUUGAUUGUUCAACAUAUCCGCACUAAGCUUGGCCAACAUAACCUCUGCAAAAUAUAUCCAAAUUUGAAUGUUAUACAGUCUACUUUCCAGACUAGAGGCAUGCACACUCUUAUUCGUGAUAAGGACAUAUCAAAGCAUGAUUUCAUUUUUUAUUCAGAUCGGCUAAUUCGUUUGGUAGUGGAACAUGGUCUUGGUUACUUGCCGUUUACAGAGAAACAAGUAAUCACACCUACAGGCUCAAUUUAUACUGGAGUUGAUUUUUGUAAGAAAUUGUGCGGAGUAUCCAUUAUUCGAAGUGGCGAAAGUAUGGAAAAUGCCUUUCGUGCUUGCUGUAAUGGAAUAAAGAUCGGAAAAAUUCUCAUUCACCGCGAUGGUGAUGAAACCCAGCUUAUUUAUGAGAAGCUUCCUAAAGAUAUUUCGGAGAGACAUGUUCUACUCAUGGACCCAGUACUCGGUACAGGUAACACUGCAAGCGAAGCAAUCGAGCUUCUGAUAAAGAAGGGAGUUCCAGAGUCCCAGAUAAUAUUCCUUAACCUCAUUUCUGCUCCUGAGGGCAUACAUUGUGUUUGUAAACGUUUUCCGCAUCUCAAAAUUGUCACAUCGGAGAUCGAAAAAGGAUUAAAUGACCAGUUCCAGGUCAUACCAGGGUUGGGCGAAUUUGGAGACCGUUACUUUGGUACGGACGAUUCGUAGUAUGAAAGCAAAUUAAAAAAAUUACGACGGCAGAAAACAGGACAGAGGUCGCAGCUACACCGUAAGAGAAGAAGUUUGACUUAAUUGACCAUCUGGAACCAGAUUAGGGUCCGGGCAAAGCUUCAUGUUUGAGGUGAGCUUCGCUUCCGUUAUCCUCUGUUCACAGCAGCUAACAAUAACUGGUUCUGGAUUCUCGAGUCUCAUGUACUUUUUGUAAUUUUGUUUUCAAGUGAGUAUCAACCCACGGCUUUGAUUUUUUUAGACAUUUGUACAAAUAAUUGUGUAUAAUGUUGAUUUGAUAAGUAAACACAUAAUAUAAUCAUAUGAAUAAUCACCAAAUUCAAGUAAA